UCAUUUUCAUCCUGUUGGUUUCAUCUUAGUACCAGCACCAUGUCUGGUUCUAAUGGUUCCAAAGAGAAUUCCUACAACAAGGCUCGGACAUUUCCUUACCCAGGUUCAAAAGUUGAACGAAGCCAAGUUCCUAAUGAGAAAGUGGGCUGGCUCGUUGAGUGGCAAGACUAUGAUCCUGUUGAAUACACUGCCCUCUCUGUCUUAGCUGGACCCAGGUGGGCAGAUCCUCAGAUCAGUGAAAGUAACUUUUCUCUGAAGUUUAAUGAAAAAUAUGGGCAUAUUGAGAGAAAGAGGCAGAAUGGCCUGUAUGAAAUUGAAAAUGGAAGACCUAGAAAUCCUGCAGGAUGGACAGGACUGGUUGGCCGGGGGCUUUUGGGGCGAUGGGGUCCAAAUCAUGCUGCACAUCCUAUCAUAACCAGGUGGAAAAGAGAUUGCAGUGGAAAUAAAAUCACCCAUCCAGUUUCUGGGAAACACAUCUUACAGUUUGUUGCAAUAAAAAGGAACGUCUGUGGAGAAUGGGCAAUCCCAGGGAUGAUGGUGGAUCCAGGAGAGAUUAGUGCCACACUGAAAAGAGAAUUCAGUGAGGAAGCUCUCAACUGCUUGCAGAAAUCUAGUGCACAAACUCUUCAGCCAAGAACAUCUCGUGGUGAGAUAAUGGAUAAUCUUACCCUAGAAGCUGGAGAUGAUGCUGGAAAAGUGAAAUGGGUUGACAUCAGUGAUAAGCUCAAGAUUGAGGCCAAUCACUCUCAGUUCAUUAAACUAGUGACAGAGACGGGGGCUGCACACUGGAGUGAGGACUCUGAAGCUGACUGCCGUGGGGUAUAG